UGCCCCCGCCACGACAUGGCGGCCGCGCGCUGCCUGGGCUGGCCGCUGUCACCUCUAUGGAGACUGUGGCAGCCCCGGGGCUUGCCACGGAGUUCGGCCCCGGGCUUGGGCCCGCGAGGGAGGGCUUACUCCCGCACCGCCCUCUAUGAGCUUCUGGGCGUCCCCCCGACGGCCACGCAGGCACAGAUCAAAGCGGCGUACUACCGGCAGAGCUUCCUCUACCAUCCGGAUCGCAACCCCGGCAGCACCGAGGCCGCCGAGCGCUUCACGCGCAUCUCCGAAGCUUAUCUGGUCCUGGGCAGCACCAUCCUCCGUCGCAAGUAUGACCGAGGUCUGCUCAGAGACCAGGACCUGCGCGGACCCGGCGUCAAGCCCUCCAGGACACCCCCGGCCGACCCCACCCCUCCUCAACCUCCUCCCUAUACUCCUCGGGCUCACGGUGGCACUCGGACCUCUACCGGCGACCGUCGCACUAUGUUCGACUUUGACGCCUUCUACCAGGCGCACUAUGGGGAACAGCUAGAGAGAGAGCGGCGUCUGCGCGCCCGGAGGGAAGCCCUUCGCAAAAAGAAGGAGGGCGGGUCCAACAAGGGGCUCCGCUGGGACGAUACCCGAGAUGCCACUUUCUUUAUCCUCAUUUUCCUCCUCUUCGCCUUCUUCGGGUCCCGUGCUUAAUCGGAGAAAAGGAGGGAAGGGGAACCAGCCCAAGAAACUUGCUUUUCUUGACUUUUGAACUAUUGGUUGCCUUUCUUAACCUUUGAACUAUUGGUCUUGGAUUGAACUGACUACCUCUAGGGCGGUUUCUUGACUCUCCUAGCACCUUCCCAGCCUGGCUGGUGAUCAUCAACACAUCCUUCUCCUAUGGUCCAGAAAAAGAGGCUCUUCCAUGGCCAAGAAAGAGCCCCCAGGAUGAAGACACCCGAAAACUAGACAUUUAAGUGCUUUCCGGAGUCCCCUGGAUGCCGGUUUGUUUCUAGAAGUUGCCUUCCAGAUGUCAACCCCCAGAACCGUUGCUCUGGUUUUAUCCAGAAGCCCUGAGCAAGCUUUGUCUUGUGCCCUGCCACAUGAUUAUACCAUGGGGCAGCACAUCCUCUGUAACCUUUGAACAGUGCAAUACUUCUGGGUUGUCCGCUGCCAAAAAGAUUUAAUUCUUGGGGCGUGCAUGAAACUUGUCUUUCUGUGUUACUCCAAGCCACAGGUGAGACUUGAUCAAUGCUCCAGCAGACGCUGGGGAUGUGCCUAGCUCAGUGAGAGAAUGCUAGCCCGCAGCAGGUACUGGGUUCAGUCCCCAGCACUGCUAAGGUUGUCCCGUGGCCCCCUUCCCCACCAAGAAAGAAGUUAGUGCAAGAUUCCCAUUUUACUCAGGUCUGUUUCACACCACCUCUGUCAUGUGGGAGCCGGAAAACAAAGCCCUGGAGUAUAACGAG